AUGAAAGCAUCACUGAAGACCUUUACACAGUUUUCAUCCACCUAUGGCUUCCGAGCUUAUACAAUCUCAGCUUCAGUCGAUUUCCCAAUGCGUGAAAUCCCUGCCCAGAGCCACAUGAAUCGAAAGGUAGCCUGCGAUAAACCAAUCGAUCAAUUCUCGCUUAUGAAAUUGAUUGAUUCUUCCAUCUCUUCAAAUGAGUUUGCUCCUACUUCUCUUCUAUUCCACGAGUUCUCUCGUUCCAUUGAUGUUAAUUUUUGUAAUACACUUAUCAGACGCUAUACGGAUUCAAAAAAUCACUCGCGUGCAGUUUUCGUUUACACCCAAAUGCGUAAACUGAAUAUCCUUCCUGAUUCCUCAACAUUCCCCAGUGUUCUCAAGUCUGUUGCUCAGUUAUGUUGUGGAGAAGUUGGAAAAUCCAUUCAUUGUAAUGCAAUUCAAUUGGGUUUCACUUCCGAUGUUUAUUCAAACACUGCUCUGGUCUACAUGUAUGGUAUAUGUGGACAACCCGAUGAUGCUCAUCAACUGUUUGAUGAAAUUCCUGAGCGAAAUGUAGUUACGUGGAAUUCGUUGAUCACGAGUUAUACGCAUAAUAGGAUGUUCAGAGAAGCAAUUGAUGUGUUCAGGGAGAUGCUAGCUUCUGGGGUUAAACCAGGUGAGGUCACUAUGGUUGGAGUUUUAUCAGCUUGUUCUCAUUUAGGAACUCUGAGUCAAGGGCGGUGGAUCCAUGAUUAUAUUGUCAAGAAUCGGUUGAGAGUGAAUGUAUAUGUCGGUACUGCGUUAAUUGAUAUGUAUGCUAAAUGUGGAGACAUUGAUGAGGCAAAAAAGGUUUUUGAAACUAUGGGGUUAAAAAAUAUUUAUACAUGGAAUGUAUUGAUUUCGGCAUAUGCCAUGAAUGGACAAGGGGAGGCUGCAUUGCAGACUUUUGAUAGGAUGAUUGUAGAAGACUUAAAGCCUGAUCAUGUUACUUUCCUCGGUGUUUUAUGUGCUUGCUGUCACCAAGGUUUUGUGGAGGAAGGUAGAAGGCUGUUCUCAAGCAUGAUAAAUCAGUUUGGAUUGCAGCCAAAGAUUGUGCAUUAUGGGUGUAUGAUUGAUCUACUUGGACGUGGUGGGUUCUUGGAUGAAGCUAUGGAAAUUAUUCAUUCUAUGAAACUAAAACCAGAUGCAAUAAUAUGGAGGACACUACUUGGUGCAUGCAGAUUUCAUGGAAGAGAAGAACUUGGUGAAUUUGCUUUCUGUAAGCUUCUGGAACUGGAACCAACUAACGGGGAAAACUAUGUGUUAAUAUCAAAUGUUCACACUCAAAAAAAGAAAUGGACUGAAGUUGGAGAAGUUAGGGAGUUGAUGGACAGCGGCGGAAUAAAAAAGAUUCCUGGAUGCAGUUCAAUUGAAAUUGAAAAUGCAGUUUAUGAGUUUAAGGCAUCUGAUCCACUUAAAACAGGGAAUGAGGAAAUACAUAAGAUGUUGCAAGACAUGAAAAAUCAGCUGAAAUUAGCUGGUUAUGUGCCUGAAACAGAGAUAGCUCUGUAUGAUAUUAAUGAAGAGGAAAAGGAGCAUAAUCUGAUAUACCACAGUGAAAAGCUUGCUCUUGCAUUUGGGCUGCUACACUCAUCUGAUCCUACAUUAAGGAUAAUGAAGAAUUUAAGGAUUUGUCAGGACUGCCACCAAUUCUUUAAGCUUGCUUCAGCAGUUUAUAAAAGAAAUAUUGUUGUUAGAGAUAUAAAGCGCUUCCAUCAUUUCUCUGGAGGUAGUUAUGGCAUUAUCUCAGUUAGAGGACUAAUUUUCAAGUUUGUAGUACAGUUUCUUGAGCAUAUUAGCUGUUUUGUCAGCUACAAUUCUUGUAUGACUGUUGAGGCAGAAUAUGUUAUUGCCGUCACAAAUACAUUGCUUCUUGACCUCUUCUUGGGCUAG